GAACAACUACUGCUGGGAACCUCGAUUCGUUCUUCUCGUUUCUCGCUCGUCAGUCUCUCUUCAACGUCGUGGGCGUGAGUUUCUCUUCGUCGUUUAUGUUUACACAAAUAAUCAAAAUAUAAAUAAAUCAACGUGCUCGCCAAAAUCUCUUUCGGACUUCCUUUUGGCGGGUUUUCUCGUGUGACAAUACUCUAAAAAACAAGUGACAUUAUGAAAUUAGUGCUGGGAGUGAAGUUUUCGUGCCGAACGAAAGUUACCAAGAGAUUUCUAUGAUGAUGACCGAACGAUUCAGUUAUAUCUAAAUCCAUCAGGCGAUGUUACAAUCUGAUCCACUGGAACAGCACGUCCCCAUCGUCCCAAAAAGUGACGUCGUCUCGGAAGAGUCAAAGCACCACGAUGCCUUCGACAGCACCUUCAAACACGUACUGGAUUACGCGCCAGCUCCAGGAUGGACUCUGCACGUCAAUGCUGAGGGCAGGUUGUAUUACUGCAAUCACGUCACACGAACAGCAGGAUGGUUGCCACCCGCAGAGGCAUGGAAAUGUGGGGAGGAUGCUCUCCCCUACGGAUGGGAAAGAGCUUUGGACGACUCAGGAAGGACCUAUUACAUAAACCAUGUCAACAAAACGACUACAUAUGAAUCUCCAUGUGUCAGAAACCCGGAUCCUCCGCCCAAACCAGAACCCAGAGCGGUUACUUUGGAGCGGUCACCAUCACUGGGUUUUGGGUUUGUAGCAGGUUCAGAAAAACCGGUCAUCGUUAGGUUCGUCACCGAAGGAGGACCAAGUGUUGAUAAGCUUCUUCCUGGCGAUCAAAUCCUCUCAGUAAAUGGCGAAGAUGUGGAGAAUGCUCCAAGGGAACAUGUUAUUUCUUUAGUUCGCGCCUGCAGCAAGACAGUGAACCUGGUAGUUUGCCAACCGGCUGAACAACAGGGGGCAAGGAAAUCAACCCUUCUGUCGGCAAGCAAGAGAGCAAGGCUGAGGAAUAAACCUUCCAGGGUGAGAUUCGCAGAAAGCGUGUGUGUCAAUGGAGCGCCAUUGUUCCCGCCAUCAGCAUUCUCGCUGGGCGAUAUGUGCGUCCCUCCCAUGGCGAACGUCCUGAAAGUGUUCCUGGAGAACGGCCAGACGAAAUCGUUCAAAUACGACGCCUGGACGACCGUCCAAGACGUCGUGACCUCUUUGGAAACCAAACUGUGUCUCCAAGCCACCGAGCACUUCAGCCUCGUGGUCGAACAUAUCAAGUCCUUGAAAAGAAACAAAUUGACCCUGCUCGAUCCUCAGGACCUCUUGGCGAGGAUAGCCUCCCGACCUGGAGCACACAAGCUACGAUGUCUUUUCAGGGUAGCCUUCGUUCCAGCUUCAGCAGCAGCCUUGGCACAAAAAGAUCUUCACGCCUUAGACUAUCUCUACACCCAGUGCUGCAAUGACGUCAUUCAAGAACGUUUUGCUCCAGAGCUUCAAUAUGAUACGGCCCUUAGGUUAGCUGCUCUGCAUAUCUAUCAACAUGCGCUGGCUCACAAUGUACAAGCUUCUAAAUUGACAGUCAAAACGGUCGAGAGAGAAUUUGGCUUGGAACGUUUCAUUCCAGCGUCACUUCUGGAAAAUAUCAAACGGAAGGAGAUCCGAAAGUUGAUCGGCCAUUUUCUAAAACUCCACUCUAGCAUGGCCGGUAUGGGUAAACAACUGACAGCUCUUCAAGCCAAACUACACUACCUAGAUAUUGUGAGUCAAUUACCUAGUUACGGCGCCAAAUGUUUUUCAGCGGGACCUAGAGGUGAUACCCUAGAAAGGGUGAUAUUGGUUAGUCCGAAGUUUGGGAUAAGCCAGAUUACUGGGACGAGGAAGUCGGUGUUUCAGCCAAUUCCUAUCGCAAAUAUAGAAGACAUGCGUCGCAUAGAAGUACGAAGCGAAGACGAGGUUACUCGUACCGUUCUAGUUCACCUUCAGAAUGAAAAGAUAGUACCGAUUUCCCUAGAAGAGCGUGAUGCAUGCGAACUAGCCUUAGUUCUUUCCGGCUAUUUCAGGCUAUCAACCAGUCAAAACCUUCCCAUAGACCAGGAGGAACUACCCCAAGUCGAGGAUCUCGCUCCUCCAUACCUGUCCCAACAUAAAGUCGUUCCUGAAAAGUGGAGCUACAUGGACCAAGCGUGUCUGAAGUCUGCCUGCUUUGCUUCUAUGCCUAUUUAUAAAAAUAUUAAUAAGAAGACUAAUGGUUUGUACAAUACUGUGGGCAGGCAAGCGAAACAACCUUUGAUGAUCGGGUAUAGUUUGGACAGCAAUAUGAAUAGGUCGAUGACAGAUAGAAAUAGGUUUUAUAGUUUAGAUGCUAAGGCGACUGAAUUGGAGAACGAGGUGUAUGAGAACGGUAUUUUGGAAGCCCGGAAUGAAGAGAUAUUACGAAGGGUCCAAGAAAUGCAACAAUUAGUAGAAUAUUCAGAGCAAUAUCUGACCGAACAAGAAAAUCUAGAAAGACUGAACUCGUUAGCAGAAUGGCAAGAAACGAGUGUAGAUAUAGAGAGCGAUAACGAUGAGCCCGGAAAGUUAAAGCACAGUGAUUCUCUUCUUCUUCUAAACAAGGGACAUAGUGGAGUAGAGAGGCGGCAUUCGUUUACAAGUGCUGCCAUUGAAUUACUUAGGCAAGAAACUACAUGUUCCGAAAGUGAUAAUGAUUCUUUGUAUACACCUAGCAGUUCUCCAAAGCACAAGUUUUUACCAAAUAAUGUAGACAACAAAAUGAAUAGGGUGAGUUUUGGCUUACGCAGUCCUGAUGGCCAUCCAAAUAAAGAACAAGACCUUCAGGCUUACCUCCAAUACCUUCGAGCGGCUAAGAAAAAUGACGAGAACGUCUCCAGCGACGACGUGGAAUCCAUUAACGAUAUCUACAUUUUCGAUCCAGAUAUCAUUGACUUGACGAUGAUUCCUCCCCCCAGUACUCCAGACGAACUGGAUUGUGCCUUACCGAUGCCCAUUAAUCUUCCGCCUCGCUCGUUUGCAGAUUCUAUAGACAAAUUAAAUAAAUUAGGUAUUUUAGAUGAACACCAAGACCUCGAAGAUUUCCUAGCUAGCGUAACCGUUCCCCCGCCAACGCAAAAGGUAACUCCUUCCGUGGAACUGACCCCGGAAGAAAUAAUGGCUUACAUAAUCCCACCACCACCAAUGCAGAGCAGCUCCGAAAACUUAACGACAAUACUACCACCACCAGAAACCUCUCCCAACCAAAACCAAAACGACAGAAGUCAAACCACCACAAAAUCGAAAGUAAUAGAAUACGCUACUUUUGAUAGAAAGGGGCCUUUCUCGUGCUGUGCGAAAUCUAAGACUGAUAAAAAUUUGAAAGUAGAUGAAAAUAUACAACCUUUGCCGAGGCGAAGUUCCGAUGAGAAACCUCCAGAGAGACCUCCCAAGUCCAUGACGCCGGAAAGACAAAGGUCGUAUUCCCUCACCACUAACAUUCUACGGAACAAUUCCGAUUUCCCACCACCAAAGUUACCUCCAAGGGGCGAGAACAACCACCAAGCUCCACCUCACUUGUUCUUACCCCCGAAGAAACCACCGUUACCUCCGGUACCUUCUCUGGAAGUUCUCCGACAGAAGAAGAACGCGCAACACAUAAAGACUGCACUGGAGACGCGCACUGCUAGUAUUGGAUCACCUUUGUUCCAGCGCAGUCGAAAUGUUUCCAAUGAUUUGGAGGUUGUUGGACCAGGAGGGGCUGAAGGAAAGUCAAGUCUUAGGCAUGCUACGGCUGUCAGUACCCCCACGUCACCUCAUAUGGGACGCAGCGCUCAUUUAAAAUUAGUUCCUGUGCCAUUAGAUUCCCCCGACCACCCAAAGUACCAAAACUCUUUGGACUCCCUCUCCCGUUCACCGAACCAUAGCCCAGCUCCAGAUCUGUCUCUCAUCAACGACCGUCUUAGGUCGAGUUUCAAGAGCACAGAACAUCAAAACGGGAGCUGUCCAAAGCUCAACGGCUGCACCUCUAGUCGAGAAAAUCUGCUUCAGAAGACAGAUAUAGCCAUGGCGAAUCUGUUGGUCAGGCUGGACCAAGUUGCUGCGCAAUGUACUGCGGCGCAAGUACAUGGAGGUGGGAGAUUGAUAAGCGAAGAGAAGUUUCAGGCAGCUAAAGAAGAGCUCACCUCGCAGUCUUUGCAGCUCGUCACCUCGAGCAAAAUGCUAGUGAUAGCAAUGUCGGAUCCCAGUCUUCCGGACUUACCAGAAAACCUUGCGAUAUGCCUCACCAUACUACGCAGACUCACAGAAUUGUGCCAAGACAUGACGAACCACACCACCGCACCGCUGCAAACUAGAAACCUUAUUUUGAAAGUCCAUGACGUCACUGCAGCUUUCCGGAUUCUUUUGAAUUCGAAUAUCGACCGAAGCUCGCAGAGAGCGAUAGAGGACCAUCUGGCGGCACAAGCUGAAGCUUUGGCCAACGUUUUGGCAACUCUGUUAAGAAGUCUAAGGGUGUUCUCGCCUUAAGUUCUGUAGGUUAUUAUUAGUUGAAUGUUGCAUGGAUUUUAAAGUGUUUUGUUUAUAAUUUAGGUUACUGGUUGUUUUAAAGAUCACAAGUUGUUCAUUUUAAGCGUAUCAUCUUAAAACUUGAAAUUUAUGAAGAAUAACGGGAAACAUGAAAAUUUAUCGCCAUUUUGUUAAACUUCGCUACGAAAAAAAUUGGUAUCUGAAUUGAAUAUGUAUAUUUAUAACCAUGUAUAUACUAUGCUUUAUCUGUUUGUAACUGGCAGCGCAUUACAAAUACAAAUCUUCCCUAAUUUACAAACAGCAGGUAAAGGGGUCAAAUUCACUCGAAAUAAUAUCCUCUAUGGUUAAAAUGUAGUUUUAGAGCCCACCCUUCUUUUUUUCAUGUGCGAUCUCCUCCAAGAAGGUCGGCAACCAUCAUGGCAAUUCGCAAUUUCUAAAGAGAUUGUAAAGAGAUCAGCAGAAAUGCAGUUAAACCAAUAAGCUCUCAAAUUGUUUACCAAGGAGAUAUAUCUUCUGCCACGACUCCUUCUACUGUAUUCUUCAUUGUAUUAUUAACUGCAAUAAGUUAUAAUGCUCGCCCCUCAUGGCAUCCCAGAUAUUGCAGUUUUCUAACUUUUAUUAAGUAAAAAAACUCUAACAUGAAGUAAAACGACUUCUAUGUAAAAACCACUUCUAUAUUUAAUAAAAUUUUAAAAAUCCCAAUGGAUUAAACAAAAUAGGUUCAUUCAGAACGUUUUCGGUCCUAUCAGUCCAUCAUCAGUGAAUUCAAAUAUACUUGCUAACUAGCCCCAGAACCAAACUAUGGUUGUACUUAUAAUUCAAUCUACAUUAUAGUGUUGUGAAAAUGGAAAGGCUAAACGCUGAUGUUAAAAGAAUACCUCGGGGAACAGGGUGAGACUCUAAAUGAGAACCCUAAUAACCAUCUUGGGCCAACGAGGUCUCGUUGAGACCUCGUUGACCACUUUCAAAAUGUUUUUGAAAAAUCUAUCGAAUAGUACUAAAUACGACCCCCCACAGAGGUGGGGCGGGGGUUACUUUAAAAUCUUAAAUGGGACCCCCAAAUUUUUAUUGCAGAUUUGGAUUCUUUACGUAAAAAUAAGCAACUUUUAUUCGAGACAUUUUUUCUAAUUAUGGAUAGAUGGCGCUAUAAUCGGAAAAAACUAUUGUUGGAAAUGGAAAAUUAAAUUAAAAAAUGGAAAGUCCCCACUAAAAUCGAAAAUUUUACUUAAUUUUUUUUUUGGUUUUAGGACCUAAUAAUCACAACCCAAUAGAUAGAAUAGAUAGGCAGAACCGAGUGACUGCAAAUUUAGCAUACUUUGCUCCCCUACCAUUACCUCUAUUUGAAGAUAUGCAUUUGUAAUGAGCUGUCAGUUGAAAACAAAUAGGCUUUAGGAUUUUUAAAUGAUUCAGGAAGAAUGAACAACAUGUCUAAACUCUAAUAAAGUUACGGUGAUGGGAACAUAAUGCAAGUUACUGAACAUAUAGUAUAUGUAAUAAUAAUAAUUUUUAUUGUUAAUGUAGUUUGUAGAUACCUCAUAGGCCCGGAUCCCGCGUACCCAAAAAAAGUUGAUUAUAAAAUAGCAAGUUGAAAAUUUGUUAAUAGCUUAACGGUGUCUAGUCGGACAAAUUUUGAUGUAAACUGAUUUAAACAGGAGAAGUAUUAAUAAUUGUGGAACGUGAUUUUAAUCGAGAAACUUAGCAAAUAGCAAACUUUAUAUAUAAUAUAAUAAUAUGAAAAAAAUUUUGUCCGACAAAUAUGUUGGGCAUUUUAAUACGUCCGAUACGUAGAAUGAGAGUUUAAUGAAAGGGUAACAAAUCAAUUGGAAGUUCUGUCCGACAAAAUACAUGGGACGUUUUCGUAGUCUGACGUUAGAACCCUGUUCCACAAUGAAAACGUCCCCUGUUCCAGUGUUCCCGUACAUCAAAGUUUGUCCGACUAGACGCCGUUAAGAUAUUAACAAAUUUUCAGCUUGCUAUUAAUCAACUUUUUUUGGUACGCGGGAUCCAGACCUAUCAUCGAGCGAUGGUGGCCAAGGGUGAAGAUCUUGACGGACAUGACUGACUUUUGUUUGAUUAAUGUUGUCCGUUAACAUGUCGUUGUAUAUAAAAUAAUGUGUAGAUGUAUUUAUGCCACAAAUUCUUAAGUGUUACAGUAACUUGAGAACUCGCCUAAAUGUGUUACAGAAUGUCUGCAGGAUUUUAAAAUGUUAAUUUAUUUUCUCAUUAUUCUCAUUGCUUUCUGAGCAUAUUUCCUCCUUGUGUCAAAUUUUUUUUGUCUCUUGUUAUAUUCAUUAUUCUUCAUUCUUUCUUUUCAUUAAUCUUUUUAGUUAUUUCUUACUUGUUGUUAAUAGCGUUAGAUCGUCCGCGAAUGCUAUACAUUGACGGCCAUUUUUAAAGAUUGUUUCCUGCAAAUUAAUGUAUUUUGUUUUUUCUGAUUAUUCCUUUCCGUGUCAGAUUAAACAGAGUAAUUGAUAGUGGGUCUCCUUGUCGUAAUCCUUCCUUUGUUUAAAAAAUGUAAUUUAUAACCCUAGGGUUACAAUAACAGUUUAAAAAAACUAAUUAACCAGCAAGCGCAUAAACAUCGUUUAUCUUUUGUUUAGGUAGAUAUUUUCUGUUAUUUAUUUGUUUUUUUUUCUUAUUAGUUUUAAUAAGUACUGUGUAAAUACAAAGUAAUUUGUGAUGUUUACGAACAGUUUAGUGUUAUAGUUUUUAAAAAACAAACUGUGAAUCGAAAACUAUAGAAAUAAUUGAACAAUUUGAUUAUCUAGUGACGUAAACAUUAUACCAAGGUAACGUCUUACUGCACUAUAUGAUAGUGUGCAGAAGCACCAUCUUGUUGAAUCGUUAUUUCCAAGUUACUGAAUUCAUCUGGAUUAUCUUCCAUAAUUUCAAGAAUCGACGGCUCAAUUAUUGUAUUUUGUAAUAUCUCCAGAUACCCUUCACCGGUUGCUAUAGCAUUGAGAAAAGCGAGCCCCACUAUGUGGUUUCCCAAAAUACCUGCUCAAACAUUUAGUUUUCUGGAAAUUAAGUAUGUAUUUCACGAAAGACGUGAUGAUUUGUGUCACUCCAAUACCUCACAUUGUGUGUGUUAAUAUUUCCAUUGAGGAAAAAUGUACUUUCAUCACUAAAGCCCAUUUUACAGCUUGCAAUUAUACCUGCAAAACUCAAGAAGGUUGCCAAAAGGCGUGCGCAGGUUAUUAUCAGCUGAUUAUUUCAUGAAACUUCUUGCAGUUGCGUGGUAAUCGGUUUGGUGCCAUUUUCUGUGCGAGUUUUCAUGCAAGUCUAGGGGGAUUUGUAGGAAUUUUGAUUUUUCCACAAUGUCAAAUGUCAUAAUCACUGAUUAACACGGAUACAUGCCGAUCAGCUGUUUUCUGUUUUUGAAAUAUCAACAUUAUUUCCCAUUGAUUAUAUUAUUAUAAAUUGAAGUGCUUUUCAACAUCUACUUAUACUAAAUAUACAGUCAAGAUGCAGUAGAAAUAAACAAACCAAGACACGUUAAAUGCUACUCGGAGCACUCCCAAAUCAUAAUUUACAAUGUAUGAACUUUAUAAAUCAUGAUUUGGGAUUUACAAUGUAUAUACAUUGUAAAUUAUGAUUCAGGGGUGCUCAUAGUAGCAUUUAAUGUGUCUUGGUUGUUUAUUUCUACUGCAUCUUGAUUCUAAAUUGAGUAUAGAUAAAUUCUUCUGUUAGAAAUAUAUUACACCUCUUCUUGUUCAACCAAGGUCUUAUAUAGUCACCAUCUCCGUUCUCGUAUGGGUUCUAAAUUAGUACCUAACUAAAAGGCUGACUGCAGCAAUAAUAAUACUUAAGGUUGCUGCCAUUGCCGUUUUCCUUUUAUAUUUGGCUAUUUUUAAUAGUCUCUAAACAAAAACAAUGAACAUGGAAAAAUGAUAGCGAUUUAGCCGUUUUCGCUAAUACCUACUGUAACACUUUGUUAAUUUCAUGGCAUAUAUACAUUCGGAAAAUAUGUACUGUAUUAAGUAAAAUGUUGAUAUUAGUUUCACCUCUGGAUUGUUCAACUUGUUUAGUAAACAGUUUACUGAUUUUGUAAACAAGAAAAAUUAGUAGAAGUAAUUUUUAUGUAUGUAUAUAUGUGUACUUGGAACCAAGAGUAUAUCAUUUGUUUAAUCAUUUAGAAAAUAUAAGCCAUGUUAAAAAAUAAUCCAUUGCGACUAUUAAGUACUUGUUUCCUCUCUCUGUUAUCCGAAGUGGGCCGAGAAUAUUCAAUGCAAAUCGUUCAAAAGGCUCCCUGGAUUGUGCCAUUUACCACGACUUCUUGUUCUAUGACCUUUUCUAUCGUUGCAUAAAUCGCAUUCCUUGCAACAUUCUUCUACAUCUCGGCGACAAUUGAUCCAGUAAAAUCUAUCUCGAACUCUGACCAGUGUUCUUUUGACUCCAAAAUGUCCUCCAGAAAGGCUGCUAUAAAAUUCUUGCAAUACACAUUUAAUGUGUGAUUUUUGCAGUACCACUUGUUAAACUGUACAUACUCCAUCGGCCUUUUCCCAUUUUCGAUAUAAUAUAGAUACCAUUGGAAAGAUACAGAGAUUUACAUUGAGUCCAUUAUUUCCUGUCAAAUGGGUCUUAAUUCAUUUUUAAUUUCUCGUAUGACUUUUGUGAUUAUCUUUGUCUUUCUUUUGACUCUUUUUUAGGUUCUCCAGGGAAUUCUGAUCAUUCAUUAUCUCCUUCCUGCUUGCUGGUACCUAGAGACACACUUGUUCGGUAAUUGUUCAUUUAAGACAUUGUCAAAUUGACACCUGUUACUAAUCACUAGUUCUAAUGAGUAACUUUGGAUUCCAAAGUACCAAUCCCUUUCCUUUCUGGGAAAUCGAUUUCUUGGACACUUAUCUCUAGGUACUAGUAAUUUUGCUUACCUCUAACUGAAAAUUUGCGUGAAUUUGAAAAAACUAUUUAUGAUUUCUAGUCCUCUCGUUCUCCUCAUCCUCUUCUUUCUACGCUUCUCCUUAAGCUCUACCUCUUCUUGUCUACGCUUACACUAAUCUUCUGCUCUUCUUGUCUAAUAGACAUUAACCUUCCGAUGACCAACCUUUUUUUGUUACACGGAUGACCAACGGGGGUAAAAAAUGACCCCAGGUCAAAAAUGACAUGGAAUGAAUGUUUUUAGCAUUUAAAUCUUUAUCUAACAAUACAUCCUCUUUUUCUGAUACUAUUUCAUCUUCUAUAUCAUCAUAAAAAUCAGCAGUAACAAUUUCCUGUAACUCAGCCUCAGUAAGAUAUUUGCGGGCCAUAUCUAAUAUGUACACAAAAUACUAAGAAACUAUAAUAAUAUACGACAGGAAAUAAUAAUAAUGACUAACUGUAGCAGACAGGAAUGUCAUGAUCCGUACAUAACAGGCACCACAGUCUAAAAAUAGAUUUUGAUAACGCGCAGUGUAAAACUACUUGGAAUUCCACAUAAUAGACGGUAUUUUACUAAACAUCAACUUCAGAAUAUAUUUUUUAUUCGUAAAAUAUAGGGAAUUUUUUUUAUUUCAAAAUACGAGGAUAACUAGAAUGAUAUUAAAGUCAAAUAAAAAAAUAAUGAGUUAAAAAUUGAAAAUACUUUUGAAUUUACUAAAGAAAAACAUACGCUGGGGUCCAAAUUUAUCCCCUUGGUCAUCCGAAGGUUAAUACUUACUAAAUAAAUGGAGAAAUUUCUAAACGACUAAACAAACUGAAAACAAAUAUAUUUACUGUUUAUAUGUUGCAUAAUUUUGAUUUAGUAAAUUUUAUAAUUUUAACAUUUUAUUGUACCUUUUAACUGUUUCUAGUCAUAUUCUCAUUUAUGUUAAUUUACUUUUAGGUCUUUUGAGUUAUUAGAAAAACUAAAACUAGACCAAUAAUAAAACUUAAUCAAGUGGAAGUACCUCUAUUUAAGCUAAUGUCUAUGUAAUGUAAUCUUUUCACUUCACACUUCAUCCUUUUCCUUGCUUUAUUUUAGUAAGUUAUGUUUCUUAUUUAGAAAAUUGGACAGCUUACCUUUGUACUAGUUUUAGUUUUUUAUUAUAUUAUUAUUAAGGAACCAUUGACCAAAUAUUGCAAUACGUUGAAGAUAUUGGUGAACAAUCUAAGUAUUUGUGACUAAAGUCUGAAAUAAGUGGUGAAAUCAAUGACAUUAUAUUAUCUCUAUAAGUUAUUGUACAGAAAUUAUUUUUAUUUAGAACAAUAUAUUUUUUGUCAGACGAGAUGGUAGAUUUUUCAGUAUGUGAGCAACUUUAGUAAAGUGUAUUAGCUUAUUUACUUUGUGCAUUUAUGUCAGACAUGAAAUAUGCUUUGAUUGACUUAAAAACAACUGGGGAUGUAGGUACAAUAAGGGCUUAAGUGCAUAAUCCAUGGUUUGAGAAAGAGCCCUCUCAAGUUUUUUUUCUAUUACACUUUUUUUUCCUUCCAAGAAGACAAAUAAAAAUAUUAUGUUAUAUGUCGCUAGCGACGAAAAUCACAGACCAUUCGAAAUCAAUUCAAGGCAAGCACUCUUACAAAACAGCUACCACAAAACCCAAAUCAAUAGGAGCAUUCAAAAACAUCUAAACCCCAUUCCAUCCAAAAAAGAAAUAUUGUCAUCCGAUCAACCCAAAAUCUUUCUACCUUUUAUCAAAGGUAUCACUGACAAGAUCAGUAGAACUAUUAACCCUCUAAACAUCAACACUAUCUUCACUACUCACUCCAAUUUGUCCAAUCUCGUCAGGUCCGUAAAAUACCAAAUCCCCAAUGAAGACCAUGGUGUCUAAGAGAUACCUUGUUUCAGUUGCCCACGAACAUACAUGGGACAGACAGAUCGACGAAUCCACAUCCGUAUUUACGAACAUUCUACUACUACUUCAGCUCUAGCCCAACAUUGUAUUCAGAGAGGUCACAAAAUAAAUUUCGAAAAAUCAAAAACCAUGUGUCCUAUCCAUUCCUUAAAAUCGAGAAUUAUCCGUGAAGCCAUUGACAGCCCUGACAGCCUAAACACACUCAAUGACCCUAAAGGGCUACCGGCAACAUGGCGACCGCUGCUUCAGCGACACUGAGGAGCAGGCAGAUUGAGACCUCAGAUACUGAUACUUUACGAGUGAGGGGAGUAGUCAGAUUGAGAUCCCUAACUCGAACGGAACCAUAUCCCUCUUGAUAAUGACACCAAAAUGGGUGCCGAAACUUCGACUUUUAAAUUUUAAUAUUGGUUACACCUGUAUAGGAACAUAUUAUGUAGACACCAAAAAUGUAUUCCCCCCAAGAAGGGCACAACGGUCUAUAGCCGCUUAUUGCACCUACUUCCUCAAUUGAUAAUGAACGAAAACAAUGUUUUCUUUAAGACGGUCAAUAUAGAUGACGCAGUUAUCAGCUAAUAUACCAAUAAUUUACAAAGACGAAGUUGCGUUGUACUUUCGAGAUAUAAAGUGUCCACAACACAAAAUUACUGAAAAUUAUUAUCAAAUGGAAAAUAACCAUCAAAACUUUUGUAGAGUAUUUACGAACCUAGAUUAAGAAUGUGAAGUAGAGGUAAUAUAAUGGCAAAAUUCUCCUUAAAAAGGACACCGUACACAUAUUACAGAAAAUGUAAUGUCACUCAAAUACAAUAAUAUUUACAUGAAUAGAUUCUUCUCGAAAUUACAAUCAUUUCAUAUAAUUGCGCCAACUCUGAAUUUUGAAUAAUAACGGCGUAAAUUGAUAUAAAUAAAUCUAAAAUUAAAUGGGUAUGUACAGAAGUUAGACGGAGAAGAGAGAUUUUGUGAAAAGGCAGUUCAUAAACCUUUCUGAAGAUAUUAAGCUCUAUUAUCUUCUUCUAUUUGCAGUACCGACUCCAUCGAAGGUUGGCUACCAUCACAGCAAUAUUAACUUUGUUGGUUGCAGCUCUGAACAAUUGUAUUGAACUGUAUCCGUACCACUCCCUUUUUCGCCAUCAGGAUAUCCUCCUACAUCCCACAUUUCUCUUUCCCGAGAUUUUUCCUUGGAUUAUGAGCCUUAGCAGGGAGUACUUUUCCCUCUCAUUAUGUGGCCUAGAUAUUCCAGUUUUCUCGUUUGUAUGAUUUUUAUGACUUCGCAUUCCUUCCCCAUCUUUAGCAAAACAUCUUGAUUUGACACUUUCUCUGUCCAUGGUAUUUUCCACAUUCUCCUAUAGCACCACAUCUCGAAUGCCUCAAUGUUUUUGAUGUUUAACUUUUUUACUGUCCAAGCUUCCAUUCCGUACCUCAGAACGGAGAAAACAUAGCACCUUAACAUUCCCGUUCUUAAUUCCUAUUCGCCUUUUAAUUUCUCUUGUCUGGUCAUUAGUAUCAGUGAACCAAACCCCUAAAUAUUUGUAGGACGUAACUCUUUCAACUUGCUUAUUAUUUAUGGUUAAAUUCACAUUGGUGUAUAGCUUCUUUGUUACAAUCAUAAAUUUAGUCUUUUUGAUGUUCAGUUUUCGACCAUACUUCUUGGUAUCAGUGUUUCCAGCAAAUGCUGUAAAUUUGCUAGGUUAUCUGUUACUAUUAGCAUGUCGUCAGCGUAUCGUAUAGUGUUAAUUAAUUCUCCGUUAAUGUCCAUACCAAUUGUUUGCUCUAGGAGCGGUUCUUGACAUAUUGUUUCGCUGUAUAUGUUGAAGUGGAGAAAGCACACAACCCUGACGCUCCUCGACGGAUCUCAAUUUCUUCAAUUAACUCAUUAUCAAUCUUGAUUUUUCCUGUUUUUCUCCAGUACAACCUGAAUAUGAUGUUAAUGUCGCGAGUGUCCAUGUUUUUGCUUCUUAGGGUUUCAUACAUUCUUAUAAAUAUAAUAAAUGACAAUGCAGGCUGAGUUAAGCUGUUUUCAAUAGGAAUAAUAUAUUUUAGACUAACAGUAUUUAUAAAUAGAACAGUUUUAUGAAAAAAUGCGAUUUCUAUAAACUUUAAUUACAAUUUACGCCUUUAUUAUUCAAAAUUCAAAGCCGGCGCAAGGAUUUGAAAUGAUUGUAAUUUCGUGACGAAUCUAUCUAUGUAAAUUUUGUUGUAUUUGGGUGACAUUAUAUUUUCCAUAAGACGUGUGCGGUGUCCAUUCUCCUUAAAAAUAUAAGUACUCUAUGUGAUAUUGUACCCCUUACCUACCCAAUUUACCUGUUGUAACCAAACCGUUCGAUUUCCCAAAGAAUGCGAUGAAAGAUAGAGGCGAAUCAAAAUAGAUUUUUAGGAAAUCGUAUAAAUGUAAAACAAUAAGUAAGAGCGAAUAAAUAUACAGAUCUGUCCAUUUAGAGUGGUUUUUCAAAAGAAAGUAUUAUUUGUAGAUAGCUAGUCAGACAGUCGUAAGUACAAGUUUGCAAAUGUCUAGUUACCUUUGUUGUACCAUUUUUUAUUUCAGUCUUUGCAGAGUACCUACUUUUUAUAAUCGAAUAUAAUUCAGAGUGUACGAAAAUGUAGCUAUCCGACUUUUUGUGUAUCAUGUAAAGGGUAUCCACCGUUAAGACAAAAUGCCCUCAGUCCCAGAAAUCAAUUUUUUUUUCAUUUUUUUACAGUGUACAUAACCAAAAAUUUUCGAAAAAAAAUGUAUAACUUUUUUUGAAGAUUAUCAAAAAAUGUAUUUAUUGUUUUUUACAGAUUUUUCCGAAGGUGCGCUACUUUCAAAAAUCCGAAAAACUGUUUGUUUAUGAGGUUUUUGAGGAUUUUGCCCAUUUUAUAGACUUCAAAAUAGAUUAAAUCAAGGUUUUUUAUAAGUUAUAUAUAAUUUGAAGUAAAUAAAACGGGAUAAUACCCGAAGGUUGGCUGUAUACCAUCUAGUUAAACAAAAUUUAAUGUGAAGUAAAACUCCCUGGUGUAUUUGGUAUAUUUAAUAAAAAAUUUUAAAAAUUUUAAAAGUCCAAAAGGAUUACGUUCAGAACGUUUUCGGACUUAUCAGUCCAUCAUCAGUGAACUCCCUGUCCUUGCUAAAUAGCAACAAUGCCAAACACUGGUUAAGAUGUAUGUUCCAACUUCUUCUUCUUCAAAUGCAAAUCCACUAAUGGAUGUUGGCGAUCACAUUUUCCAUUAACUCUCUGUUUCUUGCAAUGUGUAUCAGAGAUUGUAUGUCGUUAAUCCCUGUCCAUUGAUUUAUGUUUCGGAGCCAGGACAUUUUCUUGCGUCCUAUUCCUCUCUUGCCUUCAAUUUUACCCUGGAUUAUAAGUUGAAGGAACUGAUAUUUUUCGUUUCGCAUGAUGUGACCCAAAUACGCCGUUUUUCUUUUCUUGAUGUUUUCGAAAAGCUGACGUUCUUGGUUGAUUCUUUUAAGUACAUCCACAUUUGUGACUUUCGCCGUCCAUGGUAUCUUUAUGAUACGGCGAUAAAGCCACAUUUCGAAGGCUUCUAAUCUGUUUAUAUCCCUCGUUUUGAGUGUCCAGCCCUCUAUGCCAUAUAGCAGCACCGACCACACGUAGCAUUUAGUAAACCUUAGUCUCAGUGUAAGGUCGAACUCUGAGCAGGUCAGUACCUUCCUGAAUUUUACGCAAGCUUGUCGAGCUUGCUCAAUGCGACAUUUUACUUCCCUGUCCGAUGCCCAGUCUUCAAAAAGCCACGUUCCUAGGUAUUUGAAUUUGCUCACACUCUCAAUGGACUUAGUAUUCAGUGUUAUGGUGGAGUUUUCAAAUGCAUCCAAGUUUCUGGAGAUGAUGAUGAAUUUGGUCUUUUUGGUAUUAAUCUCUAAUCCCAUUCGCUUACUGUAUUCUCCGAUUAUAGUGACAAGCUGUUGAAUAUCUGCUAUGUUGUCGCAAAUUAAGACACAUCAAUACUCCAUUCACUUUGAUUCCCAUCUCUGCAUCUUCCAAAGACUCUUGAAAUAUGGCUUCCGAAUAAAUGUUAAAUAAAAGAGGGGAAAGCACACAUUCCUGCCGAACACCCCUUCUUAUAUGUAUGGAUUUGGAUAUAGAAUUGUCUAUUUUUAAUUGUGCUGCCUGAUACCAGUACAAGUUUUCAAUGCAUCUUAUGUCUUUUUGGUCUAUAUCAAGCUUCUUGAGGAUCUGCAUUAACUUGUGAUGUUGGACACGAUCAAACGCUUUCUCGUAGUCUAAAAAGCACAGGAAUACGUCCUUCCUCUGAUCGUAACAAUUUUGGCCAACACCUGUGUUGCUACUAUUGCUUCUCUUGUUCCCAAACCUUGCCUAAACCCAAACUUAGAAUCACUGAUGUCCCAUUCACAUUUUUUGUAUAAUCUUUGAUGUAGUAUUUUUAAGAAUAUUUUUAAAGUGUGACUUAUCAGGCUAAUGAGUCUGUGAUCCUCACAUCUUUUUGCAUUGACUUUUUUGGGUAGGGGAAUAAAUGUAGAUAGCAACCACUGCUGAGGAUAGCAACCAGUUUCAUAAAUAAAAUUAAAUAUUUUAUGUAGUGCUGAAAUUCCCCUCUCAUCUAGAGUAGUUUGAGUAUUUCUGAAGGGAUUUCAUCAGGUCCAGGUGCCUUAUUGUUUUUUGAAUAUAAUAUUGCCUUUUCUAUUUCCUCUUUAGUGAUUGAAGGGCCAGUCAGCUGGUCGUCUCUAUAAACUUCACUAAUGGGUCUUUCGUCAUGAAAGAGCUCCUGGAUAUAGUUUUCCCAUAUAUGAAUUUUCUCUUUUUCACCAACUACAUGUUCCAACUACAUAUUAAAAUUUGCAAAAUAAUUUGUCCUAGAUUGGAUGCCAAUGGAUUACUACCAGCAACAUGAUGCUCUACUGUAUCAUAUUAAGAGAUUUUUUAAGUGAUUAGGUCUUCAUUGAACCACGUUUAGUCUGUCAAUGAUUGAGCUCUUACGGAAAGAUAUGAGAAAAAUCAGAAAUACAUUUUUUCAUAAAAUACGCAAAAUAAAAAAACAAACCCUGAAAGAAAAAACAAAACGAAAAAAUGACGAUUUUUGUGGAAGGGGCUGGGGGAGGAGUGGUAGGAUAAAAUUGUCUUAUUUGUGAGCGAAUUUUGACUAUCUUAAUGGGGAUACUAACACUAAAGUGUUAUAUGUGGUCUUUAUUACUAUAUGGCUGUGAGACCUGGACAUUCAAACAGUAUGACGUCAACAAACUAAAUUCAUUCGAAAUGUGGAUGUACCACCGAAUACUAAGAAUAAGCUGGACCAGCAGAACGACGAAUGAAGAAGUACUGGAAAUAAUGAACACACGUCCUCAUCUGGUCAAUACAAUUAAAAUUAGAAAGACGUCAUAUCUAGGACACAUAAUAUGCCAUAAGGAAUUUGAGCAGCUCCAGGUAAUAUUAGAAGGCAAAAUUGAAGGUAAAAGAGAUAUAGGACGAAAAAAAAAUCCUGACUCCAAAACAUCAGAGAUUGAACCCACACAACAGGAAAUGACUUAAUUCAUCAAGCCCAGAGCAGAGAGGAAUUUGCCAUAUUGAUCGCCAACCUCAAUAGAGAAG